CCUGCCAGGACAUUUUGCUUUGGUUCCUGAACCAAUCGGAGAAAUCUGCUGCUCUGUCAUCUAUGAGGCAGCUUUCCGGCCUCCGAGAGUGUAAGAAUGAUGUGGCGGUGGGGUACCAGUUCAGGGCGGGCGCUGAUGGAGGCGUAAGGCUCAACUGCAAACAGACCUGCAGUGAUGAGGAUGAGGAGCUGUACGAGAAGCUGUCCAGUGAGCAGUGGAGGCUGGAGUGUCUGAUGCACCUGAUGGCUCAGCUCAAGGACUCAGACCUGCCUGGGGAUUUCUUCCUGGAACUGCUGCAGGAUGCAGAAUUUUCUAACUAAAUCUGGCAAAGUCGAAGAGAAGAGCCCCACCUGGAGGAGCUGUUGCGCCAUCAGUGUGUUGUCAAAAAGAAUAAGACAGAAGACAAUUUUUACUAUUGUUCAUUACCAGGAAGUUCACACCAAUAGCUGCUGGGUUUGCCCAGAUUUUCUGAUUUCCCUCUAAUUCUGGAGCCUUAAUUUAAUUUAUUGUUUGUUACUUUGGUUCACAUUUGAAAUGUUCUCUUACUUGA